UUGAAAACACAACACUUGCGUACUAGAGUUUGUAUCAAACGAAGACCCGAUACAAGUACCUCAGUGGCUGACUGACUGAUCCAUAUUCCGGCAAUGGAGGCGCUACCGAUCCCGACAGAGACGUACAAGCUUGGCUUCAUCGGAGCAGGUAAAAUGGCGGAGAGCAUUUCCAGAGGAGUCGUCCGAUCUGGCUUACUCCCCCCAAAUCGCAUCACCACCUCCCACUCUAGCCCCAUUCGACGUCAAGCCUUUGAGUCCUUUGGGGUCCACGUCCUACCUACCAACGAUGACGUGGUUAAUGAGAGUGAUGUGGUCAUUUUCUCUGUCAAGCCUCAAGUUGUUAAAGAUGUAAUUUUGCAACUGAGGCCGUUGCUUUCCACAAACAAGCUGCUUGUUUCAGUUGCUGCUGGACUCAAAUUGAAGGAUCUGCAGGAUUGGGCCGGUCACAGCCGAUUUAUCAGGGUAAUGCCCAAUACUCCUUCUGCUGUUGGUGCGGCAGCAACAGUUUUCAGCUUGGGAGGAGCUGCAACAGAACAAGAUGGAGACUUAAUAGCUAAUUUAUUUGGAUCAGUAGGCAAGACAUGGAAAGCCGAUGAAAAAUUGUUUGAUGCAGUUACUGGCCUAAGUGGCAGUGGUCCUGCAUAUAUAUACUUGGCUAUAGAGGCUUUGGCAGAUGGAGGAGUUGCUGCAGGUCUGGCAUCUCAAACUGUAUUAGGUGCAGCAUCUAUGGCUACUAGUUCCGGGAAGCAUCCAGGUCAACUAAAAGAUGAUGUAACAUCACCUGGUGGAACUACCAUCACUGGUAUUCAUGAGCUGGAGAAAGGUGGAUUUCGUGGAAUAUUGAUGAAUGCAGUCGUUGCUGCUGCUAGGCGCAGCCGAGAACUUUCACAGAACUAGUCAUAUGGAUAUUCUUAUAUAUAAACACAUAUUACUGGCUAAUCAAUAAAUUUAAUCUUUCCGGCCCCGUCAAUUAGUUAGAACUUAGAAGUAUCCAAUGUUGGUUCGGAGACGAUUUGAAUUGUUGUCCUUUCGAUGCUUGAUACGGAAUAAAGUUAAAGGAGCUCGUUCUCCA